AUGGAACUUAAUAAAUCUAAAAAACGGAUUACAUAUACACCCAGCCGAUGGCGCAUCCAUGAGUUUGAAAUAUGGAAUGGGGACCUUAUAUGUAAAGCUGCUGCACUACGUGUAGAAGGUGCUCUGUUACUGUGGCUCGGAGGCAGCGGCGUACCACAGCUCCACGAGAUAGCUCUCGGGAUGCCGUCGCUACAAACACAAGCCGAUACUGCAAAAGCUGCUCUCGCAACUACGCUCCUAGGAGAAGACGGAGCGGCCGCAGCCUUAGCUCGCCGGCUGUCUGCUGCACUCGCACGCCCUGUAUAUGUGUGCAGCGGUUUGGUGUUUGAUCGCUUCACCAUGCCACUUGUUGAAAGAGGACUCAUUAUGGAAAUUAAGAGCAGACCCGAAUGCUUUUAA